GUUUGCCCAACCUUCGUCUCCUUCCUUCGUCACGAUUCCUUUCCAGCCCUUUGCCCUCUGUUUCACUGAUGACGCUCUUGGUUGGAAGUUCCUGUAUAGGUUUCCGAUGCUUGCCUGCUUUCUAGUUUACGAUAGGAAGAGGGGUAGGAGUCUCUGGUGAGGUUUGUAGUUGUCACGGAAGAGUUUAGCAGUUUGCUGGAUUCUCCAUAGAGCGUGGUGGAGUUUAAGAAAUUGGAGGAGUUCUGGAGCAGUUUCGGUUGUAUUGCGACGGUUGGAGCGGUGUGAGUGGAGUGGACUGUUGCACUUAAUUUUUUUGUUCCUUCUCCCUUUUUUUUUUUUUUUUUUUUUUUUCUUUUUUUCUUUUUUUGAGCCUCCGACGUAGGGAAGCGAUCGUUCAGGUAGCUAGGGUUUCGUGCAGACGGGUGAAGAGAUAUGUUGCUUUGCGUGAUUCGGCGACUGCAACUUUUUACUGGUGUUGUUAUUCGCUCUGGUGGAGACUGUGGGGCCUCCAACCUGAGGGAUUGUUUUUUAGGGACCGGAAAUCGAAUGCAGUAAUGAACAAAUGUUUUCCUCGACAAAUGAAUGUUCCUGGUAUUGGAAUGAUCGCGACUGUCAUUUGGCUUCACAUCAGCUGUGGAUUGUUUCCGCAUUUGUAAAAUUGGAGUAGGUUAUUGGAGAGAUAUUUCGAGGAGUUGGAAUCCUAGAAUCAGAGCUUAGCAGCAACAACAAGCGUGCGCGAUCGUAUUGAGAAGGCAAUGUAAAACGCAGGAGUCGACAAGCUCGUGAAAUGAUCAAUGUCUCCAGUGGGAAGAAUAAUUUGAGAGUUUCGGGAGGCUUUAAUUGCGAAAUCAUGAAUACCUACAGGCUUACGAACACCACGUACACAGAAGUUGUGGCAAGGUUGCCCGUGGUUACACUUCCAGUCAGUUUUGGCUCCAGUAGUAAAGAGCUCUCCCUAUUUGAUGACAACGAGGCCGCUCCUAGGGUGGGAAGCAAGAGCGAGGCAGCCAUCAACGCUCAAGCUGGCAAAAUUGCUGAGCUUCUCAGAGCGACUGAUAUUAGCUACUUGUCUCUCAGAGAGGAAGCGAGAAAUGGCAAUCGUCAAAUUUCAGCGAAGCGUGGAAGCCUCAUGGCUGCUGUUCUCCAACAUGAUCCAGAUGCAUUUUCGUACAAUCUUUCAGAACCUCAUAAGCGUGGAGGAUGGCGGACUCCUGUUGAAAAGCGUCCGCCUCAGACAGUACCUAGGGACUAUUCUAGUCCUUGCACUCCUCAAGUGACUCAUCAAUCACUAGAACCUCCUAGUGUACCAAAUAUAAGUUCACCAUCUGCUGCAAGACUGACUGGAGUUAAAAGAAAAGAGGCUCCUGAAUCUAAGCCUGAUAGACAUCAAUUCAAAAAACCGGCUACAGGCUUGUUGGAUCCGAUAAAGAGCAAUCAGGAUGCUGUUGUGCAUGAACUCUGCGAGCUGCUGGAUGAUAUUUUUACAAGAUCAGGGGCAUUUGGUGAAGACGAAGGCGAUGAUGCUGGAAUUUCAUUGUCUCUUGCUGAAAUGAGGUCAAUUGAAGAAGAUGUUGUAAAGUUACGGUCAAAGAACAUACUUCAAAUCGUUCCUCUUGAUUAUCACGUACGACUUUUGAGCUUGCUCGAUCAGCAUGUUCAGCGAGCUCAUGGGAGGGAGGUAGAUGAGGAUGAUGAUGAAGAGAGUAUGAACUUUGAAUCGGUGAUGUUGGGUUUGGAGGCGGUUCAAAUUUCACUAACUAUCAUGACUGGUCCAAAUAUGGCCAAGCAGAUUUAUAAAGAAGAGAUUAUCGACAGAUUAAUCGAUUUCACAAGGUUUCAGAUUAUUCAUAGUGUGUUCACAGCAUAUGAUCCUGGUUAUCGCCAGAUCCACAAAGGUUCUGCAGGUGGUGGAGAUGAAGGAGAUGAUGAUGAAGACCUUCAGGCAAUAGAGAAUGGAAGUAGCUCAACGAAAAAGAGUCGACGAAAGAGCAAAACACCUGCGAAACCAAAAAAACCAGCUCUAAGCAAGCAGUCUGGCGCUGUUUCAGGCGUGCUACACAAACUAUGCAGUAUUUUAUCUUUGUUGAAGGAGCUCUUGCCCAUUACAAAACUUUUGGAUAGCAGUGUUCUGCAGCUUACGAAAACCAUGCUGGACACUUUUGGUGUAGACAAUAUCCAGUUGUUGCAGCUGAAGGCUCUUGGUGUGGUGUGUACGAUAUCAGAGGUGUACCCACAGCACCGCAGAUUGAUAAUCGAGGAAAUUGUGACUUUACUGUGGAAGCUUCCAUCCUCAAAACGAAAUUUGCGGUCUUAUCAUUUAUCAGAUGAAGAGCCAAAGCAAAUACAAAUUUUGACAGCUCUUAUAUUGCAGUUGGUACAAUGCAGCGUUUCUCUCAUUGGAGUUGACGCUGUUAGUAAACCUGAGGUUGGAAGCAGUAAUGAAAAUGAGACCAACUCACAGAGGAUUUUUGAGCCUGCUAUGGAGGUUACUAGCCACCUUUGGCAGCAAAUUUUUCAGCGUUGGGCUGCUCCAAAGACGCCAGAUGGGGCAGAUGUGAAGGGAAUAGUGGACAAUUUGCUUGUGGACCUGCUUACGACCCUGAAUGUUCCAGAAUUUCCUGCAGCUAGUCUUCUGCUUCAGGUUUUCUGUGUACUUUUAUUCGGUAAUGCCGGCAUUAGAGCAAAAGAUGCUGUUCUACGGGGUGCUUCAGUUGACCUUCUUGGUCAGGUGGCAGCUCGCUUGAAAGAGGAUUCAGUUGCUUGCAGUACAGACAAGUUGUGGAUUCUGCAAGCACUUCAAGACAAAGACUUUAAUAUUGAUUCUGAUAGUGAUGAAGCAUCAGCCCGAAGCUGUUCAGCGUGUGACAAAGGAAAGAGCACAAAGCUCAUGGUGUCCUGUAAUGGUUGUAACCGGUGGUUUCAUGGCGAUUGCAUUGGAGUUACCAAGCAUGACAAAGUGGAUCGAGGCUGGCUUUGCCAUUGCUGUUUGUGUAAGAAUCAGAUAGAUUUACUUUAUUCAAACGAUAAAUGUCAGUCCAAUGGAAGCAAGCCUUCUAAGGAAGUUUCAUUAGCAGAGAAAGUCGGAACAACGAAAGAAGGAAUACUUGUUGUGCAGCAGAUUCUACUUAACUACCUUCAGGAGUUGACUGUCACUGACAGUACGGCAAUAUAUGCCCGCAGGUUUUAUUUGUGUCAGUGGCUACGGGACGAGGUGCAAACCGCACAAAUCAUCCAAUUUUACCAAAAUCGUUGGAACUCCAAGUCGCCUUUUCAGGACUUUGGCAUUGCACUCUCUCCUCUUUCACGCGAUGCUGCUCUUCGGAUAUCAAGAGCUUUGGGUCAACAGAGGCCACUUGCAAGAGGACUUGACAAGAUAUUGGAGAGAUUAUUGGUCAGUCUUACGGACAAUUCACCAACUCCUCGAGCAAAAGCAUUGCGAGCGGUGGGUGCUAUUGUGGAAGUGGAUCCAAGUGUUUUAGGUGACGAGCGAGUGCAGAGAGCUGUGGAAGGACGAUUUCUUGACUCAGCGAUUUCUGUUCGAGAGGCUGCCAUGGAGCUCGUCGGUAGACACAUAGUUAACCGGCCUGAUUUCGCUUUGAAGUAUUUUGAAAAAAUUGCUGAGCGUAUUAUGGAUACUGGUGUAAGUGUUCGAAAACGGGUUAUCAAGAUCAUCAGAGACGUUUGCUUGUCCAACGCGGGGUUUUCCAAGAUGACAGAUGGCUGUCUUCGCAUCAUUUCAAGGAUCAAUGAUGAGGAAACAAGUAUACAGGAUCUUGUUGGGAAAACGUUUUUUGAGCUUUGGUUUGAUGAGCCAACAAGGCAUCAUACCCAGCAUUUGGGUGAUGGAAGUGUGGUCCCUUCGGAAAUUGCAGAGAGAGCACAACAGCUGGUUGAUGUGCUCAGAAAACUCACUAGCCACCAAGCCAUGGUUACUAUCAUAAAGCGUAGUCUAUCAUUGGACUUCUGUCCUCAAAACAUAAAGAAUUCAGCAACAAGCAUGAUGACUCAAGCUGCUGUUAGGCUUCGCUGUGAAUUGAUGUGCAAGUGCUUACUUGAGAGCGUGCUGAAGGUAGAAGAAACAGCUACGGAUGAUACAGAUAUUCGGGCCUUGCCCUAUGUCUUGGCGUUACAUGCUUUUUGCACUGUUGACCCUACACUGUGCGCACCACCAUCAGAUCCAUCUCGCUUUGCCGUGACUCUCCAGCCCUAUCUGAAGACUCAGGUUUCGAGUCGGGAUGCAGCUCAAUUAUUACAGAGUAUUAUCUUUGUGAUUGAUGCUGUGCUUCCUUUAUUACGGAGACCUCCACAGAGCUUUGUGGAGGAGCUUGAACGUGAUCUGCGCCAGCUAAUUGCCUCGUGCACUUUUCUGACAGUCGUCCAUGCAUGCAUAAAGAGUCUUUGUUCUUUAAGCAAGAUUGCAUCAAAAGGAAUUGCAUCUUUUGAGUUCCUUGUUCGCCAGUUCUUUAAACUUCUCGACGGGUGCCAAAAACGAGAUUCUGUUGCUGCUGAGAAAGCCAACAUUUUGCGGUGCUUGUUCUGUUUGGGUCUUUUGGCUCGAUACGGAUCAGAGUCUGUUGAGGCUCUUGAGGAUGAAGAUAUCAACAUGAACCAGUUCCUGGAGUUGUAUAAAUAUUUUCUGGGGCAGGGUGAUUUUGAUAUUAAAGCUCGGGCCUUGCAGGCGUUGGGUUUUAUAUUCAUAGCAAGACCCGAGUUUAUGAUGGUUAAGAACAUGGACAAGAUUCUUGAAACCACGCUCAAUGCUUCUGCUGAUUCGCGCAUCAAGAUGCAAAUGCUUCGAAAUUUCAGCGAUUAUCUUCUUGAUGUUGAGGAGAAAAUGGGGGAGACAGAUGAAAAGUCCAACGGUGACAGUGCUGUCCCAGUAGCGGCAGGUGCUGGGGACAGCAAUAUUUGUGGUGGUAUUAUCCAGUUGCAUUGGGAUCUAAUCCUAGAGAGAUGUUUGGAUUAUAACGAGGAAGUGCGUCAAACUGGGCUGAAGGUGGUGGAGAUUGUCUUGCGGCAGGGUUUGGUGCAUCCAAUGACAUGCGUUCCCCAACUCAUUGCAUUGGAAGUGGACCAGCUGGAAGUGAACUGGAAACUUGCACAUCGUUUAUUGCUACACAUGAAUGAAAAAUAUCCCUCAUUUUUUGAGAGUCGACUAGGGGAUGGCCUCCUUCUGUCGUUCGCUUUCAUACAAUCUGGGGCAGCAAGUUGUGAGCACAGGACCUCUCCUACGAAACCUGCCGCGAUUAAACUCAAGGAUCCAAGCAUCCCUGCAUCGUUUGCGAAGCCUGGCAUCUCUCGAAUUUACAAAUUAAUAAGAACCAGUCGAAAUUCUCGAAACAAAUUCUUAUCAUCUGUGAUCAGAAAGUUUGAUUUUGGAGCCUCUGGCAUUCAAUCUGUUCCAUUCUUGGUAUAUUGUUCGGAGGUUUUGUCAGCACUUCCAUUUGGAAUACCCGAUGAACCUCUCUAUGUCGUAUACACUAUCAAUCGGGUCGUUCAGGUACGAGGAGGAGAAUUGGAGGCAAAUAUGAAGACCAUUAUUACUGAAGGGGCAUUGGGGGCAACGACUAAACUGGUUCUAGAAAGUAUUGCAGCAGAGAAAGAUCGGAUAGAAGAGGCAGCUUUGAAUCCUAAUUCUAUGCAGUACGAAUUUAAAAAGGAUGUCUCUAUUGAAAUGGUUGACACGGAAGGAAUUCCUCAGGAUAUUUUGGACAAGCUCAAGGGAUACUGCAAUUCAGCCAUGGCUUUGGCGUUGCUGCUUCGGCUCAAGAGGCACUUGAAGAUAGUGUAUUGCUUGAACGAUGCUCGAUGCCAGUCUUAUCAACCAACUGAAGUUAUCAAACCUGUUGAUAUGCUUUCUAAACGAGAAAGUAUGAAAGAAUUCAACUUGAAGGAACUACCUGUUGAAUCCCCAACAACAGUUCGACAGAUGCUAGAACAAUAUAAGGCAUUUAAGCGAUUGCUGAAAGAAGAUUCUGUCGAUUACGCUGUUUACACUGCAAAUAUCUCGACGAAGAAGCGACCAAGCCGUGCCCAAGUUGAUGCCGAUUCUCCUCACACUAACGGACAUCUUGUAAGUCGUGUAACGCAAAGAAGGAAAAGCGUGGCUGCUACAGCUGUGGAGUAUGAUGUAUCAGGUGAUGAUGAAAGUGAUGAAGACUGGGGGGCUUCCAAGUCCGGACGAAGAAAAAGUGCCCCUGCAGGGAGGACUCCUCGGGUUAGGAAGUGAUUUCUGUAACAUAGUUUCACAUUGUACCUUAAAUCCAUUCUUUUCCACAGAAAAUAAUCGAGCAGCCGAACAUUUUGGGCGGUCGGAGAAGGCAAUUUUGGUGCUCCAGUCAGGACUCUGUUGUAUAUUAGUGUUCGCUGUCAUAAGUCUUGUGGUAAAGUAGAGUUAGGUAAAUUCAAGAGGGGAAGGGAACUGUGAUGAGCACUUUAUCGCUUACUCAUCUGAAAGAGUACACUUCCGAAUUCCAUCCCAAAGAAUACAGCACAUUUAGAGAUUGCUUCCUGGAUGGUACAACUUCUACAUCGGAUGCACUUAUUUCAUAUAUAGCCGCCUCUCAAUUGCACCCAGUUUUCAUUCUGUAUAAGAUUCUUCCAGUGUCUGGGACAUUAGAAUUGUUUCGA